CUUAACAUAGAGUGAGUCUACACUGUAGCGCCAGCGCAGCAUAUCCAGAGAACCAGGCUGGGAUAAACUAUGCCAAUGGCCUUUGACCUGACCUAGAAAUAUUUGGAGGGAAUAUUCAAUGACGCGAAGUUGAGUGGAGACUGCUAUUGUGGUGAACAACAUUCUUCAAAAACAACGAAUCUAUCAAAAUGAUGUCUACAAACCACCUGAUCCCUUCACCCACCGUCGUUGCCAGCAACAGAGGACAGAUUCAGGUAAUCUUUGGACCUAUGUUCUCAGGGAAAACCACGGAGCUAAUGAGAAGGAUGAAGAGAUACCAGGUAGCUAAUUACUCAUGUCUGAUCAUGAAGUACGCCAAAGACGACCGCUACGACAAGCACGGCAUCUCUACACACGACAGACAGGUGCUUCCGGCCAUGGCUACUGAGAAACUGAUGACUCUGGCCAAUGAUGUGAUGAAGUAUGAAGUCAUCGGUAUUGAUGAGGGACAGUUUUUUCCUGACGUGGUGGCUUUUGCUGACGCCAUGGCAGAAAAGGGGAAAGUUGUCAUAGUAGCAGCACUGGAUGCGACAUUCCAAAAGAAGGGUUUCGGAGACAUCUUGAAUCUUGUGCCGCUAGCUGAACACGUGGUGAAGCUGUCUGCUGUCUGCAUGACCUGUUACAACGAGGCGUCGUUUACAAAGAGGAAAGGGAAUGAAACAGAGGUUGAGGUCAUCGGAGGGUCAGACAAGUAUUUAGCCGUGUGUCGAGCAUGCUUCAAGUCUCCAUGUAAAAAGUCUCCUCGACGCUCACCACUCAAAGACAUCAACAACACCCCUCAGUCAAACAACAUCCUCGCAGACAAGUCCUACAUCAACAGACAGCUGUUCACGUCACCACAGAUGUAAACAAGCUACAGUUCUGUACACCUUAGUGCUAAACCGAGUAGAUCCAAGCAAGAAUUGAUCUUCAGCAAUCCACGCUUGUUGUAAGAGGCGUCUAACGGGACUGGGUGGUCGGUCUCACUGAGCUGGUUGUUGCAUGUCAUUGUGUCACACUGCCACAGAAGGAUCUCAUGAUGUCAGUCACUGGAUUGUUUGGUCUAGACUCGAUUAUAUACAAACCGGAAUGUAGCUGGAAAAUUGCUGAAUGUGGUGUUCCAACAACAGGCAGAAAAACCAGCUCUGUGCCCUCUGCAUGACAAACAUUAUUUCCACUGACCUUUUUAAUAUCUUUUUUAACUCUCUUGAAAAGAUAUUGUGGUACCCACAAAAGUUAAUCAUUCCUUAUUUCAGGCCUGAAAGUUCAUUCUUAUCAUCACAUAGUGCUGUGAAUGUUUUGUACAAGUGGUCACAGAUCGAUACACACGGUAAUCCAUGUGUUUCAGAACCUGUUAUUUCAUCUGGUAUGAUGCUAUCUGAAAUAAGGUGUUUUUAUCAUACAUGUUCAACAAUACCAUUGAAACUAUGCGGAGUUAUUUUUAGUUCAAGGACAUUGUGUCUAUUCAGGUUCCAACAGAAGCAUGACAGUAGGAUCCUAAAUGAUCUGCCCAUUUCUGGUGUCCCCCGGCUUGAUAUUGCUAGAAUCUUGCUAAGAUUGGCGUAAAACCCAACUCACUCACUCACUCACUCACUUAAAUGAUUCAUUGAGUUGAAGGACUUUGGGUUCAUCAGGUUUUACUGUACUGAAAAACAU